CAAAGCAUCUGUUUGGGUAAAUAGUUAGUCCAAAACAAAGUGAAUUGAGUUUAUGGAUUAGGGAGUUUAGAACCUAUACAUUCCUUGAGAAGUUAUUUGAUUUCCUAAAGAUCUCUCUACAGGUAAUAGGAAAAGCCUCACAUGCUCAGGAUCAGUUCUGUUCAGCAUCAAAGGAUAGCAUUGCCUUGUUGAACAGAGCUGGCUGUGCAAGCAGGGAGACAGUAGAGGAAAAUAAAAUGAACCGUGCAUUACUGAACUUGAUGCAGCUGUCUUGUAACUAGCUAGUGACCUUAGGCAAGUCCCUUCUUUGUAACAACUGUAGCAAAAGCUUAUUGGCAAUUAGGAAUCAAGUAUUAAACCAAGUGCUUUGUAGACAUCCUUUUGGGCCCUCAGAACACCCCUCUGCAGUAUAAAUUGUUAUCUCGUUUUGCAAAUGAAGAUGUUUUAGAAAGGGUUCAAUGCCCUGUCCCAGGUUCCUGAACUGGUAAGUAGUGGUGCUGGAAUUUUUUUCUUUUCAUUCAUGAACUCAGGUACCAUCGAUCUCUAGUCUGCUAUGCUAAAAUGAAGAAAGGAGCAGAAAAACAAAAAUUGGGUGAGAAGAGAAAGGAGAUGAUUCUUCUAGUAGGUGAGAAGGGGAAAAGGAAGUUUUUAGAGAACAGGAUUUACAAGAGUUGAGAAUAAUGGGAAAGGUAGGGAAAGAUUAAAGUAGAAGGUGGGUAUGUUGGUAUGUUUCUAUCUAGAAAGAAACACCCCAGGUGGAAAAGGAUAUUUUAUGCCCUUUGCAAGUCAUUUUUUUUUUUCCUCAUUCAUUCUCUGCACCUAAUAGCUCACCAAAUCCUAAAUUUCUUUUGAUUGUUUUCCCAUUGUAGUUGCAUUGCACUUGGUCCUCAUCAUCUCUGCACCUCCACCCCCGGCCCCUAGCAACCAUCUAUUUCCAGGCACAAACCACUAAUGUUCGGCUUCCACAUGAGUUUCAAGGGUAUUGAUUCUAGCUUGGCUCUUGUGUCAUUUCUCUGGCAUUUCCCCCUGAUUCUUAAUCAUAUAUUCACUAUGCACUAGAGUUAACUACUUAUUGUCCCUACAAUAAGCCAUGUUAUUCCCCUCCUUUACUCUGCUGAACAGGCUUAUCUCUCUUCCUUUGCUUCUGGAAAACAUCUAGUUUCAAUCCUCUGCUCAAGAACUCAAGACUACCUGGCCCUGUUUAUCUGAAAUUACUCCUUUGGGUUCAUUAAAGCAAAUUAGCCACAAGGUGGCAGCAUAAUUCCAAGAAAUUAGCCACUCAAAUCAUGACACUUGUGCAUUCAAUCCAAAUUCUAACCUAAUAUUGAUCUUAGAUUUGGAAUUAAUUAUUAAGCAAAAAGGAAAAAAAAACAACAGUCCAUUUUUGUUUAAAGAGUUUUUCAGAAAUUACUUGAUAAAUUCCUAAGUGUUCUUGGGAGCUGUCUUCUAUUUCAGCCAGAACUAUGCUGAGUUGUUUUAUAGCCAGGACUUCCAGUCUCUCUAGUCAUAUUAUUUGACAAAUGGAAAGCUGAAGCCCAGAGAGAUGUUUGCCCUAAUGUAUGUUGGUGGUGGAAAAGCUGCCCUAGAACUGAGCCUUCUUAUUUCUGGUUUCCAAGGGUUGCAUGCUUUUUAGUGCUAUGAGAGACUUACCCCAGACGCUGUGGAAGAAAUUUGGUAAGACUUUGAAGCAAAGAAUGCUCUUGCCUUGUCAUUUCGUUACUUUACAGCUACCACAUUGGCAAGAAACUAAUGUAGAACAUAUAAUGUAGUAUAUUUUAAUGAGUGUUUGCUCUAUAGUCUUUUAAAAGAAGCUCUUGAAAGUUAAUCUAUGUUUUUAUUAAUCUGUGUUUCUGUAUACAUCUUCCAUAUCACCUACCAUGAAUCUCUGUAUGUGGAACUUAGUCAUAUUUAUCAAACAUUUUUUGAAUGCUUGGCAAGUGCUGGGCUCAGGGAGCCCAUAGCUUAAGUAAGCCUUGGUUCUUGCCCUUGGAUGAAAUCUAGAAGGAGUCGGAUGGGAGCAUGGACAUAGAAACGGACAGUUUACAAUAUAAUGUGAUAGGUACAGAAAGCUGUGGGAACGUGAAGAAGAAAUGAACUUGAGUGUGAAACUGCUGGUUUAUGUUAGAGCUCUUUUGUCUUUUGCUUCAUUUUUAAGUGUUCAGAAAGUACUUCUUCCUAUUGUUGACAACUAAGAUUGUUUGCCAGAAACCAAAUGUUGUGAGGUAAAGUAGAACUACAAAUACUGUCUCCUCUGAGUUGAGAAGAAAGGAAUUUUUAAAGUGGGCAAGAUUUUUUAAUUUUUAUUUUAUCUAUGAAUAAAGCCACCCAACUCCUCAGUUCUUCUAUUUAUUUGUCCUGUACUUCAGAUCACUUUUUAUGAAGACAAAAAUUUUCAAGGCCGCCGCUAUGACUGUGAUUGCGACUGUGCAGACUUCCACGCAUACCUAAGUCGCUGCAACUCAAUCAGAGUGGAAGGAGGCACCUGGGCUGUGUAUGAAAGACCUAACUUUGCUGGGCACAUGUACAUCUUACCUCAGGGAGAGUACCCUGAAUACCAGCGUUGGAUGGGCCUCAAUGACCGCCUGGGGUCCUGCAGAGCUAUUCAUCUGACUAGUGGAGGCCAGUAUAAGAUUCAGAUCUUUGAGAAAGGAGAUUUUAAUGGUCAGAUGUAUGAAACCACUGAAGACUGCCCUUCCAUCAUGGAGCAGUUUCACAUGAGAGAGAUCCACUCCUGUAAAGUGCUGGAAGGUGUCUGGGUUUUCUAUGAGCUACCCAACUACCGUGGCAGACAGUACCUCCUGGACAAGAAGGAGUACCGGAAGCCCAUCGAUUGGGGUGCAGCUUCUCCUGCUGUCCAGUCAUUCCGCCGCAUUAUGGAGUAAUGACGUGGAUGGGGCCAUAGGUUUUUUCCUGAGGGCCAAAUACUGGCUGGCCUCGUGGUCAUAAUAGGCAUCAUAAAUAAAAACAAUUGGCACGCAUCCCACUGCUGACUAUAAUGCCUCUUAAAUGCUUUUAGGAACUAGCAUUGUAGUGCCCUGCCACAGUGGGCAGCCAACCAAAGCAACUCAUCCAUCAGAUCACCAGUUUAGAUCUUUGUGUCAAACAAAAUGAGACUGCAUUAAAAGUUAGAAAAUCAUACUGCUA